AUGUCACACAAAAUAAAGCUAAGAGACAAUGUCAUGUACGCCACGAGCCCGAUGAUAAACGAGGACGACAUAGCGGACUUCGUUUCGAACAUGAAUGUUUACAAGUGGGAAGGAGAGGCGGGUCGGCAGGCGGGCCAACAGGGGGAUCGGCUGACGGGCCAACAGGGGGAUCGGCUGACGGGCCAGCAGACCGAUCGGCUGACUUCCGAAUCGGGGGGCAGCCCGCCCGAGGGAAGCGCGCACCCCUACCCAGUUAAGGAAAUACAACUCGGAAGCUUAAAAAUCUCCGACUGGGGUAUGUCCAUCCUCAUCCCCUGCGUGCUGAGAAGCAGCAACUUGGUUACGCUUGAUUUAUCGAGCAACGACUUGACUAAUGAUAGCGCAAAAAUCCUGGCCAAGUGCCUCAAGUACCUGCCCAGACUGGUCUCCCUAAAUCUGUCCAACAACCUGAUCAAGUCCGACGGUGCCAACGAAAUUGUAGAGGAAUUUUUUUCCCCCAAAUUGGCCUCCAAAAGAGGAUUCUCCCCCCCAAGGGGAGAACAAAUAAGCACCAAUUUUCACCUGAACAGUCAGGCAAAAAAUGCAAUAAAAAAUAUGCACACAAAUGUACGUGAAUUGGAUUUGUCAGACAAUUAUUUGAGUUCCUCUGUUCUGUUAAAAUUAAGUCAAGUCAUCAGUAACGAUAACAAUGAGAAAAUCAAAUUAUACAUAAAAAAUAGUCACCUUACUGAUACCAAUUUAUCCUCCUUUUUCCAAAAAUGCACACACAUACAAAAUUUAAACAUAUCUGAAAAUGCUAUUGCUUCCACCUUAUUCUCUGACCACAUGAAAAUUUUAUUUACAUCCCAGCUAGACUUAAAAGAAUUACAUUUAUCCAACAUAUGCUUUGCUCAAAAUGGCACACACAAACAGCAUGAUGGGAAUGAACUACUUAAAGAGCUGGUUAACCAACUGACUGAAGCUCCCAAUUUAUCCAUUUUGUCUUUUGCGAACAAUAAGGUUAAUGAUCAUGGAUUUUCACUUUUCUGUGAAUUUUUUAAAAAAAAUAAAAAUAAUAUUACAUCAAUUGAUUUUUCGAAUAAUGACAUUUCUGACAUGAAUAAUCUCAGCGAAGCAAUAAAAAAUAAAGAGACGUUAAAAAUGAUUAAUUUAUCAAAUAACAGAAUUACGGAUGGAAAUUUGAAACACUUCUGUUACGACACGUUGUCAUCCAACCUGAGCAUUACAGAAGUUUCCCUGUCGAAUAAUCACUUGACGGAUUUUUCUUGUGCUUACUUUGCCGACGCGUUGGUGAUGCAGUGUAGGAUUGUAGAAAGAUCGAUUAAGUUGAAGAAGCAACUGCAGGGGGGGGAGGCCUCCCCAACCAUGGCGCUUACGCUUUGCAAGGGAGAGGUUGGCAGUAGGAUUGAACUGGGCAACCAAGAUGAUUUAACCGGUCAAGGUGAGCUACGUCACGAUCGUGGACCCCCUCGAGGACCCCCUCCUGGACCCCCGCGGGCGUGGGAAGAAUUCCCCGAAAUUGACUCGCAAAAAUCCACGUCCAACUCGAGCGAAGGCAGCUGCUCAGUCCCUCUCCACCUAACCAAAGCGAAAAAAACGAAUUUCAAAAAUGACCACUCCGAAGAGAUACACAAAUUGAAGGAGCUCAUCACGAACCGACACAACGAACAGCAUAAUUUCUUUUCCUGCAUCGGUGUUCCAUCCCUUAACAGAGCUAGCGAAACGUACAAACUGUUCUUCUUGCAAGAAAAAAGGAGAAACUUAAUAUAUAACAAAAACGACGACUUCUACCAUUCCUGUGAUUCAUUUUCGCUCAACUGUUUUAAAGGCCUCAAAUACCUGAAUAUCUCCGGCUGUCGCAUUAAUACCCAAGGGUUGACUCUCCUCAUUAAUUCACUCAACAUGCCCUAUUGCCCCUUAGAAUUUUUGGACGUUUCCUCGUCCGCUAGCGACCUAACGGAUGCUACACACCAGGCAUUCGCCUCACUGAUUGCAGACAAAAAAGCCAAAUUCGAAAAAAAUGACAACUUCCAUUUUGAGCAUUUGCCGCUCACCGUCCGCGGGGUUGCUCCCACACUGAUUCCACUCAACGACUCGGAGGAUAACACGGAUGGGGACAGCAUAGAGUCAGAGUGGUGGAACUACAAACAGGGUGACUGGCCCGAGCAAGGAUCGGACGAAGCGGCAUAG